CACACGUAUAUAUAUAGAGAGCGAGCGCGAUAAGCGCACACGCGGCCUGCUGCUCUCCGCUACGAGCCGUGGGCUUUUUGAAAUAUUUUCGACGGCGCUCCGAAAGCCCGCGUACAAGCGUAUCCGUACCGACGAUCGCGUAGUUAUACGCACAGUGCGCGCGCUACAGUGCGGUCCUACAUCUGCCUUGUCUCGCCUUUUUUGUCCUCGUCGUCGCAGCGAUCGUUCGACUAUUUAUAAUUAGUGCAGUGCGCGUCGAGUUUUAGAUAAGGCAGACAAAAGAAGGAGUUUGAUUCACUUAACGCUGAUUCCGAUCGCCUUCGAAGCGGAUUAGCGAAGAUCGAUCAUCGAAGCGAUAGGGAAGAAUUACGAAUCGCAAAAGGUCAACGAUUUCUGCUGGCUGCAGCCUAUAAUGCAACGAUAGUGGCUAGUGAACUCGCACAAGUAAAAACUCGAGGCACGUCUCAAAGUUGAGGACAUGGCGCGAAGAUGACGAAGAGUCCGAAUCUCGCGGACGCGUACGUUCGAGUGUAUGCGAGUGCAAGUGCCGUUUACGGCGAGCAAAGAGAGCCGUCGCAAGGACUGCAUCGCCAAUGUUGACAAUCGACAACGAGACAGAAAAAAAACAUGACGACAACGACGACUGGCACCGAAUCGACAGGCCAGAAGCAGGAGGAGCAGCAACAACACAUACAAGGCAGCAGCCUGCAGUUUACGGCCAUACAACUGCCAUUGGGAUGUCGUAUAUGUUACGAGGACGGAAGCUCGGAGGAGCUGAUCGAGCCGUGCGAGUGCUCGGGCUCGCUGGGCCUGAUACACGCCAGCUGCCUCGAACGCUGGCUAUCCAGCUGGAACAGCGACCGAUGUGAGAUCUGCCAAUACAACUUCGCCGUCGAGCGGAGAAACAAACCUUUACCCAAGUCGUUCAGCCAGUGGUGGCAAACUCGCGGUCUCUAUGGGCCCCAAGGCGUAGCCGGCGACACGAUAUGCCUCGUCGUGCUGACACCUCUGUGCCUGGCCGCCACGUAUCUGUGCGGUCUCGGUGCCAGCGCCUAUUCUCGCCUCGGCGUCUGGGAAGGCACGGGACUGGCGGUGCUGUGCUGUAUGCUCGUCGCCACGUACUUUCUCUGGUUUUUCGUCACUAUUAGAUUUCACUUCAAAUCCUGGAGGCAGUGGUGCAAACGAAAUCAGGAAGUUCGCCUGCUUUUGAAGACAAAAGUGCCCGAGCGAAGAAAAGUCAUAGCGGCCAAAGAAGAAUGGAGAAACCAGCACAAUAUGAUCCGUAUGGAGGACAGAACCGGUCGCCGAUACAGCGGCAUCGGCAAACUAUUCAGGUGGUUCAAUUUUUCCAUUAGUCACAAUAACAGCGCGCCGCUCUACAAUAUACAAUUACAAACGACGUUUGUGUGAAAAUGUACCAGCAGCACCCCGAGCGACAUUCUUCAAUUGUACAUAUUAUCUGCAAGACUCAGAAUAUACCUUUUGUAUCGUAUUGCAUUGCAUAAACAAAGAGAAAGUUAGCGUACAAAAUAACAUUUCUUAUACCAAAAAUUCGUUUUAUUUUUUAUUUAAGUUAAAACUACUUUAUUGUUGCGACGCAACAUAUCAGUGAUGAACAAAUAAUCGACCCUUCCGUCGAGUUUGCUUAAAACUACCAUUUUUACACAGACUCAAACUACCAUUGCAUCUUCAACAAAAAAAAUAUUGAGGUCAGCCGUGUAUACUUCUUCAACUGCCUCAAUUUGUGGUAAUUUUCAUGCGUGUACUUCACAUAGAAUACUCAUCAAGGAUGCAAUCAAGCAUACAUCGUAUUACUCUACCAAUAAGAGAAGCAUAACUAUGUUCGAUGCAUCUAAGCAAUGUACACAUACAUUUUCGUCAUUUCUAAUUAAAAUAGUACUAUAGAUUGACGCUAUAGAAAGAAUGAAAAUUUACGACAAAAUAUGUAGCGAACGAUUUUUUCUUAGUACGUAAUCAUACGUAGCUACUUGUAUAUUAUGAAAAAAAUAGUUCAACAAAAUACGAAUUAUAAAUAAAGUAUUUGAAACAAUA